AUGAAAGUCAAAGGCGGCGGUCCUCCACCUUCCACAGAUCCAUCGGAAUGGCCUCACCGACCCGCUUAUAUCUGUGCGCAUCCGGACGUCCAGACACCCCACCACAAAGAAGGAUCUCCCUUGCCUUUGGAUGAGAUUGUCGAAUUUGAAACGGAUUUGUUUCAAGGGAAAAUGAUUUGUCGGCUCAAGCCUGUGCCACCAACACCCGAUAAGGACGAAGCGGCAAUCCAAGCCCAAGAGGAAUAUUUUGCGAGUCGCAAUACACAUUAUCAAUUCAUCAUUCAGGGACGCUUCAAACGAGAAAUUCCAUUUUCGGAUCUAGUCAUUGGAGACUUUUAUGAGCGACCCAUGCUCGGGGUUCCCAAGGGGCUCUUCAUUCGCAUGUACCAGCGAUUUUUGGAAUCUCUAUAUCCAGGAAUGGUCAUGGACAUGACCUCGGAAAAGCCAAAGGUCUUUACGCCAUUGGCAUCGGCACAAAUCAUGCGUGUGGAUCUACCUGGAAACGAACCCAAUAUACACGACAAGGCCGUGCUGCAAGAGAUGCAUUCCUUGGAAGAUACCACCUUACUAUUUGAGCAUCCGAUCCAACCUCCCACCAAAUUGCCACGACCUGGCACGACCACUUCCCCGUCCAAACGACGAGGACAUCUUUCCAAACCCAAGAAUGCUUGUCAUUAUCAGACCAAUCCAAAUCACAUUUACACGAUAGAAUGGGGCGACGCCGCCAUGUGUUUUGGAUCUUAUUAUCAAUAUGCCGUGGGAUUCAAGAUUGAUCUGGCCAAGAGUAUGAAUGCCCAGCCACUUGCGUUUGCAAUAUUUACUAGACAACAAGAGAUUGUCUGCAAAUUUCCCAUCUGGAACGAACGAUUGAUUGAUGAAAUGAAAGCGGCGGAAACCAUUACGGAAGAGUCUCCAGAAGAUGACCCGAGUGACUCGGUAGUAGUAGACCGACCUGACAGUGUAUGGCAGUCUUCAGAUUGA